AUGGAUGACUGUGGGACUCUCGAGUUUAGUUCCAUUACUAGCGAAGAGAAGUACGAGAUGUACUCAGUGGAGAUGGAGAAAUACGAUGGGGAAAUGGAUGUGAAGAUUAAGAAGAAGAAAAACAAAGGGUUGAAGAAAAAAGAGAAGUUGGAGAAUAUGAAGAAAGAGAUGGAUGUGGAUGAUCAUCAGCUGUCUAUAGAAGAAUUGGAGAGGAAAUAUAGGACCAACAUCAAGAAGGGUUUGACCAGCACAGUGGCCGGAGAGAUUAUGCUUCGUGAUGGUCCCAAUGAAUUGAAGCCCCCCAAAGGCACUCCAGAGUACGUGAAGUUUGCCCGUCAGCUGGCUGGGGGGCUGCAGUGCCUGAUGUGGGUGGCAGCUGCCAUCUGUCUCAUUGCCUUUGGCAUCCAGUGUGGCCAAGGUGACCUUACCAGCGCAGACAAUGUAAGUGCCACGCAGCAGAAACAGACCAUCAAUUGGUGGUCACCGGGACAGAGAGAGAGGCAAUAG